AUGAGCCGCCAAUUUAGUUCUCAGUCUGCGUUUAGCUCAAGGAGCAGGCGGGCUUUUAGUGCCAGUUCUUCUACAGGUUUUGGUGGUGGGAGUUUGGCUGUGGUGGAUGUUGUAUCUCAGGCCCGAGGGAAGAGUGGCGGUGGUAGAUGUGGGGGCUUUGAAAAGGGAUUUGGCUCUAGGAGCCUCUUCAAUCUGGGUGGCAAUAAAAGCCUCUCCUUUAGCCUAGGGAGGAGAAAUGCCAGUGGUUUUUGCCAGGGUGGAGGAGCAGGAGGAGGGUUUGGAGGAGGCAGAAACUUUGGGGGUAGUGGUUUUGGGGGUGGUGGUGGCUUUGAGGGUGGUAGCUUUGGUGGUGGUGGCUAUGGAGCAGGUGGUUUUGGGGGUGCUGGGUUUGGAGGUAGCAGUUUUGGGCUUGGGGGCUUUGGCCCUACUUGUCCCCCGGGAGGCAUCCAAGAGGUGACCAUUAACCAGAGCCUCCUACAGCCAGUUAACCUGGAGGUGGACCCUGAAAUUCAGAAGGUCAAGGCAAAGGAGCGGGAGCAGAUCAUGGUUCUCAACAACAAGUUUGCCUCCUUAAUUGACAAGGUGCGAUUCCUGGAGCAGCAGAACCAGGUGUUGCAAGUGAAAUGGGAGCUGCUGCAGCAGGUGAACACCUCCACUUGGACCAACAACCUGGAGCCCAUCCUGGAGAACUACAUCACUGAGCUGCAGAGGCAGGUGGAUUCUCUCAAUGGGGAGCUCAUGCGUCAGAACGCGGAGUCCAGGAGCCUGCAGGAUGUCGUGGAGGACUACAGGAACAAGUACGAGGUGGAAGCGAACCGGAGGACCACUGCUGAGAAUGACUUUGUCAUCCUGAAGAAGGACUUGGAUGCUGCUUAUAUGACCAAAGAGGACCUGCAGUCCAAAGCGGACAUUCUGUCUGGGCAGAUCACCUUCCUGAAAUGUUUAUAUGAGACGGAGCUGUCCCAGGGGCAGACACACGUCAGCGACACCAACGUCGUCCUGUCCAUGGACAACAACCGCUUCCCGGACCUGGACAGCAUUGUGGGCGCAGUGCAGGCCCAGUACGAGCUGGUGACGCAGAGCAGCAAGGCCGAGGCCGAGGCCUGGUACCAGACGCAGUACCAGGAGCUCCAGAACACGGCGGGGAGACAUGGAGAGGACCUGGAGAACAGCAAGACGGAGAUUGCUGAGCUUAGGCACAUCAUCCAGAGGCUGCAGGCAGAGAUCAACAACAUCAGGAAGCAGGUAAACCAGUUACAAUCAUCCAUUUCGGAUGCAGAGGAGAGGGGAGAGGAGGCCCUGCAGGAUGCAGGGCAGAAGCUGCAGGACACGGAGGAGGCCCUGCAGCGGUCCAAAGAGGAGCUGGCCCGGCUGCUGCGUGACUACCAGACGCUGCUGGGAGCCAAGCUGGCCCUGGAUGCGGAGAUCGCCACCUACCGCAGGCUGCUGGAGGGAGAGGAGUGCUGGAUGUCGGGAGAGCUGCAGAGCCAACUGAGCAUCUCGGUGCAGAACAGCCAAGUGACGGUGGGCGGCAGCGGCAGAGGCGGCGGGGGCCACGGCGCUGGAUCCGGAGGUUUUGUCACAGGCAGCUCUGGAGGGGACAGCGGGGCAAGUUACGGCGGCAGCUUCGGAGGGGACAGCGGGGCAAGUUACGGCGGCAGCUUUGGAGGGGGCAGUGGAGGUGGUUACGAGAGCAGCAGCAGCGUGAGCUACGGAGGAAGCAGCAAAAGCAGCACCGAGUACGGGGGGAGAAGCGGAGGCAGCUCGUCGCGGGUGCAGAUCAUCCAAACUUCUACCACCACUUCCCGCACGCAAAUUGUGGACUAGUGGCAGACACUCGUGCGUGGGGCACUCACCGGAUGUCCCACAAGUCUCUCUCCUGUCCCCUUCCCCCCCAAGCCCCUCCUGACGCUCUCUAACUUCUCUUUCCCUGAUGGGUCUCAGCAGUUUUGUCAAUAAAUGUGA